AUGGAAGUGGCGGUGAAGGUUUUUGAUCUUGAGAUGCGAGAUAAUAUAGGAAAUGAUUUCAAAGCUUUAAUUUAUGAGCUCAUGCCUAAUGGAAGCCUGGACACAUGGUUACAUCACAAAGGGGACGAGGAGGCUCCAAAACGUCUAAGCUUGACCCAAAGAAUAAGCAUAGCUGUUAACAUAGCUGAUGCAUUAAAUUAUUUGCACCACGAUUGUGGACGUCCCACGGUUCACUGUGACUUGAAGCCUAGCAAUAUCCUUCUAGAGGAUGAUAUGAAUGCUCUUCUAGGAGAUUUUGGAAUUGCAUGUUUCUUUGCGGAUCCUCAGUCAACAUGGGCAGGUUCAAUUAGUUCGAUUGGUAUGAAGGGCACAAUUGGAUACAUCCCUCUAGUAUUGCUGGAGAUUUUGAUAGGCAAAAGGCCGACAGAUGCUAUGUUCAUGGACGGACUGGACAUUAUCAGCUUUGUGGAGAACAGCUUUCAGAGUCAAAUAUUUGACGUCAUUGAUGUUCAUCUCAUGGAAGAAUGCAUGAACUUAACUCAAGACAAGAAUGUACUAGAAAAGGAGAUCAACAAAUGCUUGCUGGAUCUGGUGCAAGUAGCAUUUUCUUGCACGCGUUCAUUACCAUCUGAACGUUCGAAUAUGAAGCAAAUAGCCAGCGAAAUGCAUGCAAUCAAGGUUUCACAAUUGGGAUGGAUGACGUGUAAGAAGUAG